AUGUCUCGUGCAAACCAGAACAAUUUGAUAAAGGAUCUCCUACAAGCAGCUCAAGAUCUCGGCAGGCUGAAUCAGAACCCAACUCCACCUACACCGCCAGCUCCUAUUACUCUCUCGACUCAUGCCUCGAUAGUUGAGUUAUUUCGAAGCAAGGCCAUAGUAGCUAUAGUUGCACCUUGUCUGAAGUGUGGUAAACCUCAUCAUGGUGAAUACUUGUAUGGGAAGAAUGCCUAUUUUCGGUGCGGUAAGGUAGGAUAUAUUGGUAAGGAUUUCCAUAUCUUCACUCAAAAGAAGGACAAUAACAGUGAUCAGAACAAAAAGGGAAAAGCACGAGUCUUUACACUGAUUCAGAAGGAUGCAGAGGAAAACUCAAACGUAAUAACAGGUAUUUUACUGAUAUUCAAUACACCUGCUUAUGUACUAUUUGAUUCGGGAGCUACUCACUCUUUUGCAUCAAUGUCUUUCAUCGCUAAAUCUAGUAUUACUUGUGAGAAGUCAGAAAAUACACUAGAAUUUAGCGUCCCCUCAGGUAGAACAUUAAGUACAAAUCAGUUAGCUAGAGAGAUGGAAGUGUCUUUUCAGAAACUAGGAGAAGAGCAAUUCUCUUUCCUCGGAAUAAAGACCAAACCCCAUCUCCAACUAGUAUCGGCCUUGCAAGCUGAGAAAAUGAUGAGAAAAGAAACGUGCCAAGGGUUUCUAGUUAACAUCUCAGGAGAAAAACAGACGACAAUAAAGAUUGAGGACGUACCAGUUGUACGAGAGUUUAUAGAUGUGUUUCUAGAAGAACGACCUGGUACUCCACCAGAUAGAUAG